AUGGAGUGCUACAUGCCCAACAACCCGCAGUUCGGGCUGUGCCAGCUGUGCUGCGACCCGCUGCAGUGCUCGUGUCUCGGCAACCAGCUCCAGGAGAUACCACCAGAACACUGCUGUCAGCAAGAAAACGAAAACUGCUGCCCAGAAAAUGGCGAAGAUUUAAACGCUUUAAGCGAGUCGAUCGCCCAUUGCGACGUGAACUUAGAGGGCGAUGUGACUGUGUGCGAAGGGGAGUGGACAGGCGAGGACAUGGGCUCAUUUUCAAUGCCGCCGCUGGAGCUCGACCCGCUGCCGUCACUGUUUCCUUUCUCACCGUGCUCUGGAUAUAACCGAAGCAACGGGGGGGAUUGCCGGGAGCGGGGCGGGGGGGAGGCAGCCGACGUUCUGCUCUCCCUCAAACACGCCGUUGUCCAUGGCGACUGCUCCUCCGAAGCCGUGCACCCUCAGAUGAUGGUUAACAGCGGCAGCAGCUACCCUUACUACGAGCACUACAGCACUGCCCCCCUCUUCCCCACCAUGUCAGUCAACGUGUCCAUGAAUAUGACCAUGCAUGGCUGCCCACCCGAUCAGCUCUGCUCGCAGGUCCAAUGGAACCAAAACGCCUCAUCACCGUCAGUCAACGUGGUCUACCCUCAAAAUCAGAACGUAAUCAACCCUACGAGUUACCCCUCAGCAACCUACUCCUUUACAGCAGACUUCCGAACCCCCAACCAAUCCGACCCUCUCAUCACAGCAACUUCUACCUUCAAACCUUUACAACUCCAAAACACACAGAAACAAAACCCGAACUACCUUUUUCAGCAGAAAUCCAACUACCCACAAAAAUCUUUAGGGCAACUGAAGCGGUCUCCAUCGAAGUUGUACCUGCAGGAAGGACAAAAGGACCAGAAUAUGGGGAAUGGGUACAUUUUGAACCAUCAGGGUCAAAUGCAUCCACAGGAUUAUGGAUAUACCACCUGUGGAUCCGCUGGGAAAGUGCCGGUGGGGGCGCUUAGCGGUUGUUCAGAAGAUGACGAACAGAAGCCCAAUCUCUGCAGAAUCUGUGGCAAGACGUACGCUCGUCCCAGUACGUUGAAGACCCACCUUCGUACGCACUCUGGAGAGAGGCCGUAUAGAUGUGGAGAUUGCAACAAGAGUUUCUCACAGGCGGCAAAUUUGACCGCCCAUGUUCGAACGCACACAGGACAAAAGCCUUUUAGGUGUCCAAUUUGCGACAGACGAUUCAGCCAGAGUUCGAGUGUAACUACCCACAUGAGAACGCACUCAGGCGAACGACCUUAUCAGUGCAGAUCAUGUAAAAAAGCGUUCUCAGACAGCUCUACUUUAACGAAACAUCUUCGGAUACAUUCCGGUGAAAAACCAUACCAGUGUAAACUGUGUUUGCUUAGAUUUUCCCAGUCCGGCAACCUGAAUCGCCACAUGCGAGUGCACGGGAACAUGUCAGGUGGCAUGCUCGGGUGA